AUGGCGGUUCGCUCCUUUGGUACAGAAGAUAGACCAACUGAUAGACCUAUACCGCCUCGUGAUGAAGUCUUUGAGUAUAUUAUAUUCCGUGGCAGUGACAUUAAAGACCUAACUGUCUGUGAGCCACCAAAGCCUCAGUGUUCUUUGCCACAGGACCCUGCUAUUGUUCAGUCUUCACUAGGAUCUUCGACUACAUCUUCAUUCCAAUCUGUGGGGUCCUAUGGUCCUUUUGGCAGAAUGCCUGCAUACAGCCAGUUUAGUCCGAGCCCGCUGGUGGGGCAGCAGUUUGGCGCUGUAGGAGUUGCAGGAGGUUCUCUAACAUCUUUUGGAACAGACUCUUCAGGCAGUGCUAGCAUGUCCCAAAGCACUGCAGUUGGUUCUGCCUUUACGACAGAUGCAAGAUCACUAAAAACACAGAUGUCUCAAGGUCGUUCAAGCCCUCAGAUGGAUCAUUUGAGAAGAAGCCCCACCAUGGAACAAGCAGUUCAAACAGCUUCAGCUCACCUGCCUGCUCCAGCACCAGUUGGGAGGAGGAGUCCUGUACCAGCCAGACCCUUGGUGUCUGCUAGCCAAAAAUCGUUGGAGAAUCAAGAGCACAGACGAGCUGAAGCACACAAGGUUUCAAGAUCAGAAAAUGAACUCAGAAAUGAAAACAAACGACAAAUUGUUCCAGGUGGACCAUCAGCACGGAGAGGCCGUGGAGGUCACAGAGGAGGCCGAGGAAGAUUUGGUAUUAGAAGAGAUGGUCCAAUGAAGUUUGAGAAGGACUUUGACUUUGAAAGCGCAAAUGCACAAUUCAACAAGGAAGAAAUUGAUAGAGAAUUUCAUAAUAAACUUAAACUAAAAGAAGAUAAACUCGAGAAACCAGAGAAGCCUGUAAAUGGAGAAGACAAAGGUGACUCAGGUGUUGAUACCCAAAACAGCGAAGGGAAUGCAGAUGAGGAAGAUCCACUUGGACCCAACUGUUACUAUGACAAAACCAAAUCCUUCUUUGAUAACAUCUCCUGUGAUGACAAUAGAGAACGGCGACCCACCUGGGCUGAGGAAAGGAGAUUAAAUGCCGAGACUUUCGGAAUACCGCUGCGUCCCAAUCGUGGCCGCGGGGGCUUCAGAGGCAGAGGAGCAAUUGGCUUCCGAGGUGGAAGAGGACGAGGAGGUGGAAGAGGAGGUGGCUUCACUGCACCCCGAGGAUUUCGUGGUGGAUUCAGAGGAGGUCGUGGAGGCAGAGAGUUUGCUGACUUUGAAUAUAGGAAAGACAACAAAGUUGCUGCAUAGUCUAGAAGAAUGCUGAAGCCAGGUGAACGUCUAGAUCUUCUUGAUCCAGAGAAUUACUUUCAGUCUCUGCAAAGAAUGAAGUUAAUUUGCUGUAUACUUGUCACCAGCACUGGGAUUUAACUAUUUAAUUUCAAAGGGGUGUAAUGCAGUUACUUUUGAAAAAUGGCCAUCUUUGAAAACAGUGAGCAUUAAAUAUAUUUGAGACAGAAGGUUAAGUAAUUUCUUAUAUAUAGUUAAUUAUAAAGCAGUACUUCGAUGGAGUUUAAGUAUUUUUUGAUCACUGAAAGGAUUUUUCUUAUUACUAAACUGUAUUUGAUAAUUGCUUCGAGUUGUAAGGACAAUUGUAUGCAGAAGGCCGUCGAUACUGUGAGUGUUUUGAUCCACUGAAGGUUGUUUUUUGGAAAUCCUGUAAUAUCCCUUUUGAGAUAGUUGUACUUUUAUCAACUAGGGUGCUGGACAGUAGAAACCUUGCUUUGUCAGUCAAUAUGUACACACAGUAAAUACUGUUUCUUAGGCAAAGGAACUUUUUAUAUAGUUGUAAAAUUCCAUUAUAUCCCAUUGCCAAAGAAACAUUACGAACUUUGUAUAGCUGUAUAAAAAGCAACUAAUUUUUUAAAGAAUAAACAUUUUUAAGUCGGC